UUCCAUUUGUCUUUAUGGUUAUUAUGUGUUUAUAUAUCUAUCCGUGACGGCGAUGGAGCUCAUGCCACUCACUUAUCCGUCGAGGUACGUAGCUGCCCAGCGCGGUCGUUGGUUACUCCACCAACAAGAGAGCUAGCAAGCUGCCAAGCUUACGAGCUCCAGCUUGCUAUUGCUACUUCGAUGGCCGCAGCAACUAACACGACGACGCCGACGACGGCGCCGCUCAGCAUGAAGCUCCUCAUCGACAGGAAGGCGCGGCGGCUGCUGUUCGCGGAGGCGAGCAAGGACGUGGUGGACUUCCUCUUCUCGCUCCUCGUCCUGCCCGUCGGCGCGGCCGUCAAGCUGCUGGGCAAGGACGGCGUGGCCGGCAGCGUCGGCAGCCUCUACGGCAGCGUGGAGGGCCUCGACUACGCCUACGUCCAGCCCGGCGCCGCCAAGGACGCGCUGCUCCGCCCCGCCGUGCUCUGCUCGCUGCUGGACGGCUCCUCCCUCCUUCGCCUGCUACCACCGCCGCCGGGGCAUCAUCCCACCACCACCAGCAGCAGGAGCCUGCUGCUGUACCGCUGCACCAGCAUCUUCAACAGCAGCUGCCGCACCUACAUCACCGACGCCUACGGCAAGGCGUGCCCGACCUGCGGCAACCUCAUGACCGCCGCCGCGCAGUACCUCCCGCCCGCCGCCCAGAUGCCCGCCGCCGCCGCCGGGUUCGUCCAGGGCGUCGUCACGUACACGGUCAUGGACAACCUCACCGUCAUGCCCAUGUCCGCCAUCUCCAGCUUCACGCUGCUCCACGCCUUCGCGGUCACCGACCUCGCCGCGCUGCAGGAGAAGACCGUGCAGCUCGGCUACAAUGAGGGUUUAGAGAUUCUCAGGGCCUCGCUGCAGUCCAAAACCGUUCUGAGCGAUGUGUUCCUCGGCAGGAAAGAUCGCGGUGAUGCUUGAAGCCAAGUGGUGAAUGCAUAUUUUGCCUGAUCACCGUCGUAUCACAUGGUGUUUUUCUUCACUAAUUGCUCUUCUCGUGUCUGUUGAUACUACCAUUAUUGUACGAGAUCAUAUGUUUUCGGUGUACAGGCCAGUUAAAGUCUCGGUGUAAGACGGUCUUCACUGCAUCCCUUGUAUAUAUGUUAUUUAUAAAAGAUUCUAUUUUAUUUCUCUUUCCUCUAUAUCUUUUUAUUUAUGUGUUAAAACUAAGGAUGUAUUUUGCUCUAAUUUUUUAUGUACAUAUUUGGUAUACCUUCA